GCUGAUUUCUUAUUCAUCCUCAGAAUGGCUUACCAGCAAUAUAUUGCAUUAAAUGGUGCUCAUCCCCCUGAGAAGCCUAAAGAAAUGACUCUACGCACAUACUUUCCGUGCCACAAGCAACCUGCUUGCUCUGUGUACUGCGGGUAUUACUUGUGCGAGCAUCUCAGGGUACAAGGGAGAUACACAACUGAUCCUGAAAAUGACCAUCCCGAAAGGAACUAUGGGCAACUUCAUGAGAAACAACUUCUAGAAGUAGUCGCCGAUUUAUGCCGUUUCAUCAUGCACGAAGUGAUCAACCCGAGGGGAACAUUUUAUGAUAAACACAGCGAAUUAGCAACGGAGAGUAAAUAUCUUGGUCUUCGUGAGUGGGAGAACAAGAAGCACUGUGCCUCCUCUAGUAGCAUCGGUAAAUAGGAGAAAACUAUGCAUUCAAGAUACAAUUUUAAUG